UGGCGGAGAAUUGAUUAUCCUUUUCCUGAGUUCUGUUGAGGCUGAAAGUUGUUUAACUCUUUUUUGGCUCCUUUCAGACAUUUUCGAGAUGAGCAAUAUCUGACGCGUAGUACUCUUUAUCUUCAAUUUUUUCCUCUGUCCCUCUGAAAUCCAAAAUCUACCAUUCACUAGUACUGCUACUGUUAUUUUUCUCUGAUUUAAAAUUCCCCAAUAGAUCCAUCUAUCAGAUUAAUUUGGAAGUGGGAUUCAUCCAAGGAGAUUGGUGGUUAACUGAUGGGGAGUGAAUCAAAUUCUACUCCAACUACUCUUACUGAUGAUAAUUCACAAAAUCCAGGAUCAGACCCUCUAAAACCAUUGGAUGGAGCUGAGCAAGGUGCACCAGGGGAGACCACAAGAAUUACUUCACCUCCUUCUGUUUUUGUCAAUUCAGAACCAAUAAGAGAGGAUCAAGUGCAAAAUGCUGUUAAAUUUCUGUCACACCCAAAAGUUCGAGGUUCCCCUGUCAUGUACAGGCGGUCUUUUUUGGAGAAGAAGGGACUCUCACGCGAGGAGAUAGAUGAAGCUUUCCGUAGAGUGCCUGAUCCACCCCCACCAGCUACAACUAUGCCGGCAGCUAUCCCAAAUAAAGAUGGCCAGUCAACUUUACCUAUCAAUUCGCAGCCUCAGGUACAAGCACAAGCUCCACAGCCUGCAGUUCCUCCCCCAAGUGGCGUGGUUUCCAAAAUGCGAGCCCGAUUUCACUGGUCUCAUGCUAUUCUUGCCAUAGGCUUUCUUGCUGCUUCAGGAGCUGGUACUGCACUUGUUUUUAAGAAUGCUGUUGUCCCUAGAUUGAAGUCUUGGAUCCGCAAGGUCGUAUUGGAAGAAGACGGUGAUGACUCACUAGAGAAAAAUACCUUAAAGCCAAACCCAGCUGAAGAGGCAGCAGCAGCCGCAAAAGCUGCUGCAGCUGCAGCUUCAGAUGUAGCUAAGGCGAGUCAGGAAAUGUUGAACUCAAAACUUGAAGAAAGAAAGUACCAAGAGGCCUUUAUGAAUAUGAUGGAUGUCCAAUUGGGGGAAAUGAAAAACAUGAGUAAUGCUAUCCGCAAAUUGGAAAGUUCAAGGGAAGCAAUUAUCUCAUCAAACAACCAUAUAGAAGCAGUUAGAUCUACAUCAAGGACUGGACCAAGCAAUACCCAGUUGAUGAAUUCUCUGUUUGACCAAGACUAUGAAACAGUCUCUUACUCAGGUUUAAAGCAAGCAACAGCAAACGGCACAGCAAACAUCGACUUAGGCUCAGGUAGACCUCCAUCAGCACCUGCCUCUACAGAGCCCUCUGUUGCACCACAUCCUAAAUCUUACAUGGAGAUCAUGGAAAUGAUACAACGAGGGGAGAAACCUCCUGGAAUCAAGGAGAUCAAUGAUUUACCUCCAAACCCUAAUCAGCCCCCAUCUAAUCCUCGGUUAGCUCCUAGAGUCAAGCCAUGGGAAACAGCUCAAGCCCAAAAUGGAUCAUACUAUACUGAGGGUUCAAACAUGAGGUCACAAGCUAACUUGCCCACAUCUCAGUUAAAUGGUGAUGGUAUGGAGCCUUCAUGGCAGCGGAAAAAUGUCAGGAUCUCAGAAUACGAAGCUGAAGACGAAUCAAAAUCAUCCUACCGUGCACCGGCCACUGAGCAGGUGGUUAGGCGUGCAUGGGUUCCUCCACAACCCCCACCUAUUGCCAUGGCUGAAGCAGCAACAGCAAUUAGACAGCCAAAACAAAUAAUUCAACCAGAGCGAUCAGACGAGGAAAAGCUGAUUGCGUACCCUUCGGUUGAGGUCAAUGAGUUGCAGAGGAUCACAAAAUUAGCUGAAUCCGGGGGACAAGUUGAGAUCAAUGAGGUUAAUGGAGAUGAAUCUCUAUCCGUAGUUCGAGGAGACCAAGAGGUUGAUGGUAUUGAGACUAUGUGAUAAUAGGAUGCAAUUGUGAAAUCUCAGCUGAUUUUGAUGUGAGAAAUACAAUCCUUAAUGUAUUAACAGUAAUAAUAGGGAUAGGGAAAUAGAUCAUACUUUCUCAUGGUCUGAUCAGUUUCAGAAUAUUGAUGUCAUGUAGUAAUUACUAGUAAAUGUGUCGGAUUGUUGUUAUCUGAUGCUCAUUUUACUGGUUUGCGUCGAUGUGCGUCCAUGAUUAGAGGUUUACUAGAAAAGGUGGUUGAAGGGAAGAGAAUAAACACUUCAUUGCAGAUC